AUGGCGCCGUCCUCCUCAAACACUGCUGGACUCGGAGAUCAGAUAAACCACAGAGUGGAAGUUUCGGAUGGAGAGACAGAGCAAGAGAGCGCCCCCUAUCCGCGAGACGGGGACUUCAGCUAUGGCGUGUGGGGGGCGGGCUUCCUGCUGAGACGGCACGCAGUCGACCAUCCAGGCAUCCUGCACUCCCCACCACCCAUGAUCACCCUAACACAGACACACACCGGCAGCCCACCUGAGGCACCCACACAACAGGGGGGCACGGAUGAGGGGCACGGAGAGGGGCACGGAGAGGGGACAGGAGCAGAGGGACUAGCCCGAGUUACACACACGGUCGUGGAGGUGGAGGAGACGGACGAGGAGGCCGAGGAGUCGGACGAUGAGGAGGAAGGCGUGCUCUCUGAAGUGAAAGAAGCUCCGCCCCCGGAGCGCUUCUGGCGGUGGGGCAGGUGUCGUCAUCACGGCAACAGAAACGCCAUGGCCCUCGCUCGCUCCGCUGCCUGUGUCUGUGCCCGUGUGGAGCUGCGUGGCAACGGGCAGGUGGGCUGUGCUGACUGGGACCAUAUUGCUGCCAGUAUGAAAGCUCUGCUGGGUUACCCAGGAACCCUCGGCGGCAGGAUAAUGUUUCGGAGCACUGCCCCGACCGCUCGUCUCACCGGGGACCUUCUCCCCUCCAAGCACUGA